AUGCUCAGCGCACAGACAAAGCAGGUCAAUGCAUAUGGCAAGCGGGCCAGGCGCGUUGUGAACGUUACCGCCAGCUCAAGUGGGCCAGCACCUGGCGGGAUCAUCAGCAUAUUCGACGAUCUUCCGCCAGCACCCGCAUUGAUGCCUCUAGCAUCGCGCAUGAAGAAGCGGGAAAACAUCGCUCCUAAACCAAAAUCCCAACUUUCCCCCAAACCUGUCGGCGGAAAGCAGCGCAAGAGACGACUCUCGCCGGUCCUCACGCCUGUGAAGAAAGUACCACGAGUCGCCCAGCUGAUCAAGGAGUCUCGAACUCAGCCCUUAGACAACAAAUUGGACGGUGGCGUACGGCAAGCCAAUGCUAAAGUUAAUCUGACAACGGAAGCAGAGGCUUCGCCGUUUGAUGCAAGUUCAUUUUCGUCUCCUCGCCGUCCUUUCUCAAGUUUCUCGGUCAAUGUUCCCGGGUCUCCUGCUCUUCCUGCUAGCUUGCGCGCCUCCAAGUCACGCGUUCCCUCGGCCAAGAGCAUUCCGUUUAAGCUGGCGAAGCCUAGCAGUCCGGUCGUAAACAUGGACAUUAUCGUCCUCGACGAUGAUGGUCAAGUCGUUCGCAAAGAGAGAAGGUCCUCCAAGACAGGCGUUGAAACUAACCCUGUGAAGGAUGUCCCGAAGAAGAGAGCUCGUCCAUCCAGAGCAGCUGCCUCCAAAGCAGCAAUCCUCGUAGAGUCCGACAGUGACCCUGAUGUGGCUCGCCAACCUGCCCAACCUAAACGCACACAACGGCAGAAAGCACUAGUUGUCGUCUCUGACGUGUCAGACUCAGAGACAGAAAAUGCCCCAACUGCACCUUCCCCUGCCCCGCCGAAAACCAAUCGACUCUCGAAGCUUCCUACGGUGGAAGUAGUGAUACCCCCCGCACCUUAUCCUAUACGACCACUCGCGAGGCCCUCUCCACCAGCGGGUACGCAACAUCGGGCUGCAACACCGACGAAACCCAAACCCGCCCCACCUACUGCACGGCCAGGGCCCGCUUUCCAGCUACCACCCUCCCCCAUACCGAGAGCUCGCCCGCUAACCCCCAUCAAGGGCAUGCGGCGGAAUGGCCUAUUUGAUCCACCUUCUCCCCCAUCCCCUUCACUCACAGACUUUGACUUGUCUCUGGAUCUCUCCGAGCUCAAUAUCGACGCCGAAUGUGUUGAUGCUCACGAUGUUGAACCAAACAUUCCCGCUUACCUGCUUCCACUCCUGGAAGAGUGUCAUCAAGAGGAAUGCGGACCUCAUGACUUUUCCUCCUUCAUUGACAGCUUUCCGUUCGAUCCUAUUCUCCGCGAUGGGCGGUCUGAUGCGCCGAGCGAGUUGGAAUUCAGGAAGAUUGGGGAGGCUAGCUACUCGGAAGUCUUUGGUAUAGCCGAUGUCGUCCUCAAGGUCAUUCCGUUGCGCGACGAGUCUGCCCCAGGAGCAAUCUCAACGGAGCUGGAGGAAGGACCUCCUCCAAGUGAUGCGCAGGACGUCCGCAAGGAAAUCAUCGUCACCAGGGCCAUGGGCGAAGUCUACGGUGGAUUUGUGAAAUUCUUGAAGACUUAUAUCGUCAGGGGAAAGUAUCCGGAACUUCUUCUCAACCUUUGGGAUGAAUAUAACGAAACGAAGGGAUCAGAGAGUAUGCGACCAGACACGUUCAAACUCUCUCAAGUCUACGCUAUCAUCGUACUGCCCAACGGUGGCCCUGACCUCGAGGCUUACUCGUUUAACAACCCUACCAAACAGGGAUGGAAGCAAGCCUGCAGCAUCUUCUGGCAAGUGGCCAAAUCACUCGCUCACGCGGAGCACCUGGUCUCGUUUGAGCAUCGCGACCUGCACUGGGGUCAGAUACUGGUGAAAAAUGUCCCGUCACAGAAGCCCAAACUCCAACCUAUCAACGUGAAUGGAGUCAAAUCUAGGAAGCAACGCCUCAUGAUGGACGACAAGUCCCAUGGGGUCCAAACAACCAUCAUUGACUUGGGCCUCUCGCGCAUGGACGCUGGAGAUGGAUCAGGUGGAUAUCGUGUGCAAUGGACACCAUUCGACGAGGAGGUUUUCAUGGGCGAAGGCGAAUACCAGUUCGAUGUUUAUCGGAUGAUGAGGGACCACACUGGAGAUGAUUGGGAAGGUUACCACCCUUUGACCAAUGUGAUGUGGCUACACUACCUUGCAACCAAACUUCUCUAUGGCAAAGGGCUCAAGGCGCCGGUGGUGCGCAAACCGAAAUCCGGGUCUGAAGCGCCUCUGGCAACCUCCUCCGACGCUUUCUCAGAAAGGGACUGCUACGAGUCGUUGCUUGAUAUUGAGCAAUGGUUGGGAAGUUUCUUGACCGGGGCAUUCCCUGCACAGUCGAAGGCGAUUGCCAAAACCAAGGGAAGGCGUAAGACAAUUGCCCUUUCCAGCUGUCUUGCCUUGCGCGAUGGGCCUUCCUGUGCUGGCGAAGUCGUUGCCUACGGUGUCAAAAAGGGCUGGGUCAGUGCUACGAAAUUAUUCUAA